AUGAGACCUUCGACAGAUAUCGUGCGGGAGCACUCGCCGCUCCUGCACGUUGAUGAAGGGACAAACGUAGUUACCCUCACCCACGAUGAUCCAGAGGAGCCUAGAAACUGGUCUGCAGUGCGGAAAUGGUUAAUGGUCGCUGCAAUCAUACCCAUUGAUCUCAGCGUCAGUUGGGGUGCUUCAGGCUUUUCGCCUGUAGCCAGUGACUUUGCGAAGGACAUGGAUGUGCCCACACAUGUCGCAACACUUGGAUUGAGCAUGUAUAUCCUUGGACUGGCGUUUGGGCCGAUGUCAUUAGCACCUCUAUCGGAGUACUUCGGACGACGACCGGUGUACAUCUUCGCCUAUGGUAUCUUCCUCGUACUGUUGCUGGCAACUACCUACGUCGAGAGCCUCGCACCUUUCUUGGCCCUCCGACUGUUCUCUGGCUACUUCUCUUCAACCACUAUUUCGAAUUUCGGUGGGACCAUCGCAGAUCUCUGGCACCACAAUGAUACCGGACCAGCUAUGUCGUGGUUCUUGUGGGCUGCAACAGGCGGCUCGCCAACUGGCUUUGUUCUAUUCUCAUUCAUUGCGCACGGAAGAACAUGGCGUGAUGUGUUCCGAGUCAUGUUCUUCAUAUGUCUCUCCUUCUGGGUCGUUCUCGUCAUCGCAUUGUACGCUCUCGGUGAGACGCGACAUAGCGUCAUUCUGCUGAAGAGGGCGAAGAAGUUGAGGAAGGCCACUGGAAACAAUGAGAUUGAAGUACCAGACGAACUUAGUCAACGGGGACCCAAGCAACUUUUUGGCUCGGCACUUGCGCGACCGUUCCGAUUCCUGGCUACAGAAGCCAUUGUUCAGUUCGGCGCGUUGUACAAUGGCUUUCUCUACGGUUUAUCCUUCCUCUUCAAUGGUGCUUUCCACAUAAUCUUCGGGCCCAACGGCUAUGGAUACAACACCAUCGGCAUCGGCAUUUGCUUUCUAGGCAUCGUAUUUGGGAUCUGCUUCGGUCUGUUCACAAAUGUUUUCCAGGAGCGAUACUACCAGCGUCAGGUUGCUAAAACUGGUCAGCGCGACGUUCCAGAGGCACGAUUAUACCAUGCCAAGCUGGCUUCUAUAGUCUUGCCCAUAUCUCUACUGGCUUUUGCGUUUACGGCGGACCCAAGUGUGCAUCCUAUUUUCCCGGUGCUUGCAUCUGCCUUCUGGGGUUGGUCGUUCUACUGUCUCAUUCUUAUGACCUUGACGUAUACGGAAGACGCAUAUAAGUCGUUCUCGGCAUCAGGACUCGCUGGCGUGGGAUUAAUACGGAAUUUGGCGGGCGCUGGAUUCCCCCUGGUUGGAAGGAGUCUAUUUCUCGGUAUCGGCACAAGAAACGCAUGUCUUGUUCUGACAGGGCUGGCAGUAUUGUUGGCACCGAUCCCAUUCGUUUUGGAGAAGUACGGUGUGUCACUACGAAAACGCAGUCCGUGGGCUACUGCACACGGAGAUGAAAGCGACGACGAAGAGGGUUGA